CCUCCGCAUACGGUCCGCGACACUAACGUAACUGGACUUGCCUUCUGCUGCUGGUUGGGUGAGCUGGCGAUGGGGGUUUUGGACGAUCUGGACAAGUUCUGUGGGUACAGUCUUUCUGGAGACAGCCCCUACCGAUUCACGCAGUUCUGGAGGACUAAAGGGAACUGCCUGCGAGCAUGGAGCAGUGGUGGAGAAGGCUCAGGACUGUCCAGCAACAACGUCACAUGCCACGAUUACGUCGAUCUCUCUGUCUGCUUCGAGGACACCGCCAUCCUCAUUGGCAUAUGCGUCAUCUUCUGGUUGUUGGCCGGCCUCAUGUUCCUUGUCACAACGUGCACUCCCGUGACCAGACCCCUCCCCUUUAGCAGGCUACAUGCCUCAAAACUGUUGCUAGUGGUGUUGCUAAUGGCAACUGGUCUGUGUGACCUUGGCUACACGGUCUACCAGGAGAUCAGUGGGGACUAUGGAGGCAUCGCACAAUACUUGUAUUUCAGUCCCGGCACUAUCGUCGUGACUGCGGUGAUAGGCCUACUGGUUCUGUGGCAAGAGAGAAGAGAUGGAGUGAGAUCGUCUGCUCUCUUCACCAUCCUCUGGUUCUCUCUGUCCUGCUACGCCAUUCUCAAGCUCAGAUCUCUUAUUCUGCUAGCCGAGGACCAGCACGGUGUGGAGGACGAGUUCAGGUUUACAACAUUCUGUGUUCAGUUUGGUCUCUAUCUCCUGCAAUUGGUGCUGGUCCUCUUGCCGGAACCUCUGCCCAAGGGACAGCUUCGUGACCCAGCUGCCAAGAAACCUUGUCCAGAGGAAAGUGCCACGUUUCUCUCAAGGAUCACAUGGUGGUGGUUGAAUGGUCUCAUCUGGCGAGGUUGGAGAAAGGACCUGGAGUACAGUGACCUCACCGACCUCAACCCUCAAGACAAGUCCGCAGUGGUUGCCGGAAACUUCCAGAAGAGCUGGGAAUCUGAGGUCCACAGAACACAGAAACCCGUAGCCGGUGGUGGACGGAGAAAAGGGUACCAGCCUGUCAGUAUCCAGGACGACAACGAGGCGAGCGUUGAUUCAUCACCACGGCAACCGACAAGUGAAGGCGACACUGUGGUGAGGGUUGUGCCGUCGUCGAGACAACGGCGGAGGGAGGCGGAGCCAUCUCUGGUGCUGGCGUUGCUCAAGAGCUUCUGGCCUGUCUUACUCGCCUCGGCCUUCUUCAAGCUGGUCCAGGACCUGCUCAACUUUGUCAGUCCUCAAGUCCUGAAGUUGCUGAUCACCUUCACGGAGGACAGAGAUGAACCGGACUGGAAGGGGUACUUCUAUGCCGCUCUCCUGUUUGUGACUGCUGUUGUCCAGUCGCUCUUCCUCCACCAGUACUUCCAUCGCUGCUUCACCCUCGGCAUGAGGAUGAGAAGCGCCAUUGUUGCUGCCAUCUACAAGAAGGCACUCUGCCUCAACAACAAGUCACGUCGCGAGAAGACGGUCGGAGAGAUAGUCAACCUCAUGUCUGUGGACGCGCAGCGGUUCAUGGACCUCAUGACCUAUUUCCACCUCAUCUGGUCCGCACCACUCCAAAUAGUGCUCGCCCUCCUCUUCCUCUACUUCACCAUGGGUGUCUCCAUCUUUGCUGGGUUUGCGCUCAUGAUCCUUAUGAUCCCAUUCAACGCAGCCAUAGCCGCCAAAAGCAGGAAAUAUCAGGUAUGAGGAAAAAUGGGAGGAAGGGGUAUUUUUGGAGGGGGAAAUCACCUGAUAAUAUUUUGCCUCCUGAAUUAAACCUUAUGACUUGUAUUCCCACCCUCAAUUUUUGUCUUUGCCUCCUCCCUUCCCUCCAUGUUUUCUGCGAG